AUGGAAUUCGAGAUUCAGCAAAAUAAUUUUAUUUUAUCGGAUGAUGAUACAACAACAGAUAUCAAAAAUUCUUCAAAUAAUAAAUCUAUACAAUCAGUAACUUCCGUAAUUGAAUGGAAAAAUUUAAUAUCACAAUGGGUAGAUAUGUUAGAAGACGAAAUACAAGAUCAAGAAGAAGAAAUUAUAAAAUUAGUUAAUAAUUUUGAUAUUUCACUAGAUAAUAUUAAUCAAAUACAACAUCCAGCUAUUGAUAUAGAAGCGAAAUGGGUUUUACAGGAUAUUUUUAUAAAUACAUUAGAGACUCUAUAUUAUUUAGAUGAUUUUAUUACUG